AUGUCGAACUUCUUUCGCGACAAUUCUCGUGGUUUUAAGCCGCGAUCGAAUAUCUUCACAAAACUCCGAAAUAAAGACUCUGAUCUCGACAGUGAUGUUAGUUCCGAUAAUGCAGUGUCUACUAUUGAUUGGAGCACGCCGGGUCCAAAACGUUCAAAGCUCGACAUGCAGGAUUCUCGCUUUUUAACUACUGAUACCAACUUGUCCGUUCUUACCGAAAGCACACCGCUCUCAAAGAACCGGCUACAGAAAGCAGAUCUUGAAACAAGAAACGUCGGAAUUGCCAUGGAUUCAGCAAAUGGCUUUACUAAAAAUAUCGCUGCCGGCACUAAAGGUGUAGUAAUAGAAAAGGGCACAAGCCGAUUCAACGCGACCUCCUCGAAUGACGUUCUUUUGGAGGCAUUCACCAACACGCAAAAAAUUUGCUCUAGUUUGAAACUCGAACUUCAGCAGGUCAAGUCCGAGAAUCAACAUCAAAGCGAUACCAUCGGCGCAUAUAAAAGCGAGAUUGGCAAACUUGAAGGUAAAAUGGUUGAGCACAGGCAACUGCUACUUGCGCUCGAAACCAAGUCCUCUGAGCUGCGAAGCAAGAAACAGACAACCGACGAACACCUCGCUGUUUUGAAAAGUGACUAUGAUGACCUUGUCGAACGCGUACGUCAUCAAAAAGAGGACAGCAUUGCUCUCAGAACGCACUUGGACGAUAUUAGUCUCCAGCAUAAAUUGUGCGGCUCGACUUUGUCUGAAAAAUCGGAAGAGCUAGAACGCUUGAAGGCCGAGGUCAAUGCUGAGAAAGUCAAAAGCCAAAACCUGGAGCAAGAGCUCAAAAAAACGAGGGAGUGCUCUUCACGCAUUAGUGAAGAAAUACUUAAACAGAUGGAUACGAGUAUCAUCAAAGGAGUUUCUUCACUUGAACGCUCGAUGAAAACGGAGUUCAAUAACGUAUCGCGAUCGGCUCCAGAUUUUCAGCAUUUUUGCAAAACAUUGCAGUUUUCCGUAACCCAACAACUUAAAGAAGAAAGUAAAAAGAUUGGUGAUAAAGUCCAAUCAGAUUUACGAGAAGAGCUAUGCUCUUUGGAGGACACAUUGAAGAAACGGUUUGAUGCCAAUUUAGCCGAGGCCCCGCGACCAGUGGAUCUAAAUUCUAUCGAAGACGGUCUCACUAGAAUUUCCGGAGAAUUGCAGGAACUCAAGAGGACCGAAUCUAGAAACUGCUCUGAAGAGCUGGUUGUGAUGCUUCACGAUUCAGUGAAAGAUGUGAAAGCUUCAUUAUCGGUCAUUCGAAGCAAACUCCAGGAAUAUAGUGAUAAUGUGGACCAUGCUGGCUCUUACGAAUGUAAGAUUGAUAGUCUUCACGAGCGUUUGCAAGCUACUGCAUUGCAAAAAAGCGAAGCGGUGUCGUUGAUCAAGUCGAGAGACAUAGAAAUCGAAGAUCUCAACAACCAGAUUCUUGGAAAAAGUGACCGCAUCAGUAAACUUGAAGAUGAAGAGAAGCAUUUGAGGGUCUCCCUCACGCAGAAUGAACAUCUUUUGGAGGUCAAAAACAAGCAAAUGCUGAUGGUAACGGAAGAACUUAGUAUGAACAGGGCUGAUUGCGAAAACAAGCUGGCCGCUCAAAAUGAAGUUAUUAGACUGAUGAAAAGCCAGUGCGACAGCUUGCAAAGUGACAUCGAUGGAUGCAACCGUGCAAGAAGUGACGUUGACCGAGAAAAUUUGGAGAUCAAGGCGAACGCAAAGCAAACUAAUGAGCAAGUCCAGAACCUAAAUGUCGAAAUCAUACAGCUUAAGGCCAGAGAACUUGAACUUGACGAAGAGAAUAGGAACCUCAAAAAUAUGAUCGAGCAAUUCAAUUUGGACGUCCGCGAGAAUAGCAAUCAAGUUCGUGAAUAUAAACGGCGUGUUGCGGAACUCGAAUCCGAGAACACUUCAAGGGCCAGCGACGUGCUCGAGAAUCAAGACCAGAUCGCGCUUCUCGAACAGCGAUUGCAAAGCGCUCGAAAAGCGGUUGACAUAUUAAAGAAAGAGAAGUGCGAGCUUAUGCGUCCUGAUGGGAAAAUCAUGAAAAAGGCGCCACAGAAGCAGCAGCACCGAGGCCAUCAUAGCGGAGCUCCUCAACGUCCCCCUGUAUCAUUAGUCGCUGCAGAGCUACCUGUCAAUCAGCAAAAGCCCAGGCAAGACGACAUGUUCGAACUUUCAUCCUCCUCGAAUGACGGUCUUGAAAUGACUUAUCCGUCACCCAUUGCUACCAAGAUGUCGAAACCGCGCAAAGUACUACUAUCAGAGGAUACAGGUUCUCCCGAACCGGGGCCUCAACGUGGCCGGAAAAAACGUAAAGUCAGAGUUUGA